AAAAGCUUCGAUAACUCGUAAACGAGAAGUACAUAAUACAGAUCAAGCUUUCAAUACAAGAGAUCAAAAGGGAGCAUGAAUCUGCCAGGCGUUUCGAAUUUCUAUUCCAAAUCUGGGCUUUUGCAUUUCACUGGAUCCUGCUCUUAGGUUUUGCUUUGAUGAAGGGAAAGUCACUGGCAUUAGUUGGCUGUGCUUGGACUAAAGUCAAAGUUAGGAAUUUCUUCAAACAUUGAUCUUGCAAGUUACUUAAUGGGGCAAUUUUUGAGUUUGGCUGGUCCGAAGUGUAGGACGAGUGAACACAACAAGGUCUCUCAAAAUGAGACUUGUAAGAGGCAAAGAAUGUCAUCAAACUUUAAUGAGGAGAGCGCAAGGCUGAUUCCAAGUCUUCCUGAUGAGUUGUCAAUACAGAUUAUUGCAAGACUUCCUAGAAUUUUCUAUUUCAAUGUGCGAUUGGUGUCACGGAAGUGGAUGACAACUAUUAUGAGCCCCGAACUAUUCAAAUUAAGGAAGGAGCUUGGGACGACUGAAGAGUGGCUAUAUUUGUUGACUAAGGUUGACGAGGAUAAGCUUUUUUGGCAUGCUUUAGACCCUUUUUCAAGAAAAUGGCAUAGGCUUCCUAUGAUGCCCAGUGUUGUCUAUGAAGACGACUCUAGGAAGGGUUUCUCUGGGCUUUGGAUGUGGAACAUGGCUGGUGCAAGUAUUAACAUUGCAGAAGUUAUUAGAGGCUGGCUUGGGCGAAAGGACUCGUUGGAUCAAAUGCCAUUUUGUGGUUGUGCUAUUGGAGCUGUUGAUGGAUGCCUCUAUGUUCUUGGUGGAUUCUCUAGAGCUUUGACCAUGAAAUGUGUUUGGAGAUUUGAUCCAAUUCGGAAUGAGUGGAGGGAAAUGACUUCUAUGUCUGCACGCAGAGCUUAUUGUAAGACUGGAAUUUUAAAUAACAAGCUUUAUGUGGUUGGAGGCGUUAGUCAAGGGCGAGGUGGAUUGACUCCUCUUCAGUCUGCUGAAGUUUUUGACCCUUCGACUGGGACAUGGUCCCAAGUACCAAGCAUGCCAUUCUCAAAAGCGCAAGUGUUACCCACUGCCUUUUUGGCUGACAUGCUAAAGCCUAUUGCCACUGGGUUGACUUCAUACAUGGGAAGGUUAUGUGUGCCUCAAAGCUUAUAUUCAUGGCCAUUCUUUGUUGAUGUUGGAGGAGAGAUUUAUGACCCUGAAACAAACUCAUGGGUUGAAAUGCCAAAUGGUAUGGGAGAGGGUUGGCCUGCACGACUGGCCGGUACAAAAUUGAGCGUUGUUGUAGAUGGUGAAUUGUAUGCAUUUGAUCCUUCUAGUACCCUGGAUAGUGGUAAAAUUAAGGUAUAUGAUCAAAGAGAAGAUGCUUGGAAAGUUGUUAUUGGAAAAGUCCCUAUUUAUGAUUAUGCAGAUUCAGAAUCUCCAUAUUUACUUGCUGGUUUUCAUGGAAAGCUUCAUGUCAUCACAAAAGAUGCUGAUCAUCACAUUGCAGUUCUGCAGGCUGAUUUGUGUUCUUCGCCAUCAAGCUCCACUUCUCUUUUUUCUGGCUCCUUAAAUGAACAUUCUGACUCAGUGGCAGAAUCUGAUGCUGUUGUUUGGAAGGUCAUUGCUACUAGGGAUUUUGGGUCUGCUGAGCUGGUCAGUUGUCAAGUACUUGAAAUUUAGCAUUAUAUUAAGUUUUAUGGGUGAUCUUGAUGCUGAAUGGAAAUUGGAUACUAAAGCAUUGAAAAGUGUUUUAUAAUCUGUUUUUCAUAUAUAUAUAUAUAUAUAAGCAAAUGUUGUAUGAUUUAUAUAACUGUCUGAUGAGGCAGUAAUACAUAUGUUUGCAAAUGCUAUUAUAAUAGCCGGAAGAUAAUUGGCAAGUUUUUCCUUCUGUCA